ACAGCGGCGGAGGCAGCUCGCCUUUGUCUUCCAGGCCCUCCGAGCACCAUGUCCGCAGCUCCCGCCAGCAACGUGUUUGUCGCCCUCCCGCCCAGCAAUGCCAGUGGCCUCCGCCCACCUCCGGCCAUCCUGCCCACCUCCAGGUGCCAGCCUCCCGGGGUCCUGCAGUUUGAGGAGCCGCCGCUGGGGGCGCAGACGCCAAGGACCACCCAGCCGCCCGACCUGCGGCCCAUGGAGACAUUCCUGACCGGAGAGCCCAAAGCUUUAGGGACCGUCCAGAUCCUCAUCGGCUUCAUCCACCUGGGCUUCGGCAGCGUGCUGCUCAUGGUCCGCCGCGGCCACGUGGGGAUGCUCUUCAUCGAAGGCGGCGUCCCCUUCUGGGGAGGAGCCUGCUUUGUCAUCUCUGGGUCGCUCUCAGUAGCAGCCGAGAAGAGCCACACCAGCUGCCUGGUGCGGAGCAGCCUGGGGACGAACCUUCUCAGUGCCAUGGCGGCCUUUGCAGGGACAGCCGUUCUGCUCAUGGAUUUUGGUGUCACUAACUGGGAUGUGGGCAGGGGCUAUCUGGCCGUGCUUACCAUCUUCACCAUCCUCGAGUUCUUCAUCGCGGUAAUUGCCACCCACUUUGGGUGCCAAGCCACCCGCACUCAAGCCAACACGCCUGUGAUUUUCCUGCCCAACGCCUUCAGCACUGACUUCAACAUCCCCAGCCCCGCAGCCUCUCCGCCCCCCGCCUACGACAAUGUGGCAUAUAUGCCCAAGGAGUCAUCAGAGUAG